UCAAACCCAAACUCAAAAACUUUAUACCACAGCGCUCUAUAUUUCGAAGUGCGGCAGAAUCUUUUUCCUUCACUCGCCAUCUUGAUCGUCGCCUCAACAGCGGAGGCAUCAUUCGUAGCGGAGCAGCAGCGGGUGUGGUUCGGACUCUUACGGGUGGUUCACCUAGCAGUCCUCUCCUCGCGUUUCACCUACCGAAAAACGACAAACCGCCCUGACUAAAACACGGAGGAGCGGCUCGACGCUGAUUUAUUUUUGCGGGCUUAGGUCAAGCAAGCAAAAUGGCUACCCAGUCUGAUCUGAUGGAGCUGGACAUGGCGAUGGGGGACAGCAAGGCUGCGGUGAGCCAGUGGCAGCAGCAGUCCUACCUGGACUCUGGCAUCCAGUCUGGGGUCACCACAUCCGCUCCCUCCCUUAGCGGCAAGGGUAACCCAGAUGUGGAGGACGACGACCCAGGCCUCUACGACUGGGAGUUCAACCCGCCCUUCACCCCUGAGGCCCCAGACAUGGAGGGCUGCGCCAUGACCAGAGCCCAGCGUGUGCGGGCGGCCAUGUUCCCCGAGACGCUGGAGGAGGGGGUGCAGAUCCCGCCCAACCAGCUGGACGCCGCCCACCCCACGGCGGUGCAGCGCCUGGCAGAGCCGUCUCAGAUGCUGAAGCACGCCGUGGUCAACCUGAUAAACUACCAGGACGACGCCGAGCUGGCCACACGCGCCAUCCCCGAGCUCACCAAGCUGCUCAACGACGAGGACCAGGUUGUGGUGAACAAGGCGGCCGUGAUGGUUCACCAGCUCUCCAAGAAGGAGGCGUCGCGUCACGCCCUGAUGCGCUCGCCCCAGAUGGUGUCCGCCGUGGUGCGCGCCAUGCAGAACACCGGUGACGUGGAGACGGCCCGCUGCUCUGCCGGCACCCUACACAACCUCUCCCACCACCGCGAGGGGCUCCUCGCCAUCUUCAAGUCUGGGGGCAUCCCUGCCCUGGUCAAGAUGCUUGGGUCACCGGUGGACAGCGUCCUGUUUUACGCCAUCACCACCCUCCACAACCUCCUGCUCCACCAGGAGGGAGCUAAGAUGGCCGUGCGUCUGGCCGGCGGCCUGCAGAAGAUGGUGGCCCUGCUUGCCAACACCAACGUCAAAUUCCUUGCCAUCACCACUGACUGCCUGCAGAUCCUGGCAUAUGGCAACCAGGAGAGCAAGCUGAUCAUCCUGGCCAGCGGUGGCCCCCAGGCCCUGGUGAAUAUCAUGAGGACCUUCACCUAUGAGAAGCUGCUGUGGACCACCAGCAGAGUGCUCAAGGUGCUGUCUGUCUGCUCCAGCAACAAGCCGGCCAUCGUAGAAGCCGGUAUGUACCCACAAGGAGGCAUGCAAGCCCUGGGCCUCCACCUGACCGACCCUAGCCAGCGUCUGGUCCAGAACUGCCUGUGGACCCUCCGAAACUUGUCAGAUGCGGCCACCAAACAGGAGGGCAUGGAGGGUCUCCUCGGGACCCUGGUGCAGCUGCUGGGCAGCGAUGACAUCAAUGUGGUGACGUGUGCUGCAGGCAUCCUCUCCAACCUCACAUGCAACAACUACAGCAACAAGCUCAUGGUGUGCCAGGUGGGGGGCAUCGAGGCCCUGGUCCGCACCGUCCUGCGAGCCGGUGACCGGGAAGACAUCACCGAGCCGGCCGUCUGCGCUCUGCGUCACCUGACCUCCCGCCACCAGGACGCCGAGAUGGCCCAGAAUGCAGUGCGCCUCCACUACGGCCUGCCGGUGGUGGUCAAGCUGCUGCACCCUCCUUCCCACUGGCCACUCAUCAAGGCAACCGUCGGUCUGAUCCGUAACCUGGCCCUGUGCCCGGCCAAUCACAGCGCGUUGCGUGAGCAGGGGGCCAUCCCCCGCCUGGUCCAGCUGCUGGUCCGGGCCCACCAGGACACCCAGAGACGCACCAGUAUGGGAGGAAACCAGCAGCAGUUUGUGGAGGGCGUGCGCAUGGAGGAGAUUGUGGAAGGAUGCACGGGGGCGCUCCACAUCCUGGCCCGGGACGUGCACAACAGAAUCGUCAUCAGGGGACUGAACACCAUUCCACUCUUUGUCCAGCUGCUGUACUCCCCGGUGGAGAACAUCCAGCGCGUGGCGGCCGGCGUGCUGUGUGAGCUGGCCCAGGACAAGGAGGCCGCCGAGGCCAUCGAGGCGGAGGGAGCCACCGCCCCGCUCACAGAGCUGCUGCACCCCCGCAACGAGGGCGUCGCCACCUAUGCUGCAGCUGUCCUGUUCCGCAUGUCUGAGGACAAGCCCCAGGACUACAAGAAACGCUUGUCGGUGGAGCUGACCAGCUCCCUGUUCAGAACCGAGCCCAUGGCCUGGAACGAGACUGGAGACCUGGGUCUGGAUAUGGGGUCCCAGGGAGACCCCCUGGCCUACCGGCAGGAUGACGGAGCCUAUCGGGCGUACCCGGCCGCAUACGGGCAGGACUCCCUGCUGGACCCCAUGAUGGAGGGGGCCGACUACCACGCCGACACCCUGCCCGACCUGGGCCCCCACACCGACCCGCUGCCCGACCUGGGCCACACCCAGGACCUGAUGGACAGCAGCCAGCUGGCCUGGUUCGACACCGACCUGUAGGACGGCUGUAUCGAAGGGAACCUGUGUUUUGGGUUGUGGCCCGCAGAGUGGAAGGUAACGGCAGAGAGGAAGGGGGAUCGUGGGAAGUGCCUGACUCGGGACUACACAGGGUUGGAGAUGGUUGCCACAGGAAUGUCGCUAGAAAGUCUGAAAUGUGGGAGAAAGGGAUGAAAGCGAAGGUGUUGGUGAGAGGCGUGGAAAAAAAACACAUACACGCACGCACGCACGCAAACACACACACACACACAGCGGGAGACCUAUGGCAUGGCUUGCCAAAAUGAGGAGAGCACACGCGAUGGAUCGUAAAGAUGGAAUCACUCAUGUUUUAGCCUUGCCUGUAUUCUCAGUUGUUUCUUUCCAUUCUUUUUCUAUUUUUUCUAUUUCUUUUGUAUUACUCAUUCUCUUUUAUGGUACUGAACCGGCUUGCCUCGGCGCUCACCAUCGUCAUGUUUCUCUCGAUUUGCCAAUCAUUUGUAAUCUUUCUUUUUUAAAAAUCGUACGUUAUAUGUAGUGUUAAGUUAUAGUGAUAUUAUACAAUGUUCCUUUUGGUUGAGACCGAAACGUGUAGAACACUAAUAAUCAAUCGAAUCGUAUUCUGACUUUAAAGUGUAACAUUGUGUAGUUUUGUUUUUUUAUAAUCAACGAUGAAAUUAUGCAUUCUUAAUGUAUGCUUGUUACAGCAUACUCUGAGUGUCACUGCGGUUGUAAAGGGGUUUCCUGGGGAGGAUGUGGCGGGCGGGGGGGGGGGGGGGGGGGGGGGUGUUCCCCACUUGUCUCUAGGUUCGGGAUGAACCUAGAGACAAGUGUUUUAUAUACAGUAUCCCUGGUAGGUCAAUAACUAUUUUGUAUGCUAUCAUUGGAUGUCAAAUAGAGAAUACCUUUUAUCGCCGACAGGGCAAGAAAACCCAAGUUUAACGUGGCAUCCUUUGAGGCGAGGUUGAUGAAAUCAGUUAGUCCUUCAGUGCUUAUUUUGGAGACAAGGUUGUGACACACCUGAACAAUAAAGUGGCAUUUUAUUUCA